AUGAAUUCGGAUGGUUUAGUGGUCAAUGGCCAAGCGGCAACGGGUGGAAUCUUGCGAGGGGAGGAUGGAAGAAUGAUCAAAGCCUUUGCCAUGAAUUUGGGAGAAACUUCCAUCACUAGAGCGGAGCUAGAGGGAAUUGUUCAAGGGAUGCGUUUGGCGUGGGAACAAGGCUAUAGGAAAGUUAUGGUGCAAACCGAUUCACAGAUUGCGAUCUAUUUGAUCAGGGAAGCUGCAGAUCGGCAUCCUCACUUUCUUUUGGUACAAGAAGCGCGUCGUUUGCUCGCUUGUGACUGGCAAGUUCAGUUGAUUCAUGUCUUUAGAGAAGGAAACGUUGUGGUUGAUUACCUUGCUUUAGUUGGUCAUAGCUUACCUUUUGGUUUCCAUUUUAUUGAGGGGCAUUACCCGCUCCUGAACUACUGGUUGUUUUUUUAUUUGAUCGGGGUGGAAACACCGUGUUUGGUUAAUAUAUAA